CUUGGGUAAGCAAGAAUUAUUAGGCACUUUUUUAAAGAUAUUGUAGCUUGAGAAUAAAAUGAGACCACUGCUCGAAAUUUGUGUUGAUUCUUUUGAAUCGGCUAUGGCUGCCAUACGGGGAGGAGCAGACCGACUCGAGCUUUGCGCUGCCUUAAGUGAAGGUGGUUUAACGCCUUCCAUUGGACUCCUCUGUGAAAUACGUGACUAUCUUGGUCGUGAAGCCACCAAUCGCGAGCUACCGAAGCUAUACGCAAUGAUACGCUGUCGCCGAGGUAGCGAUUUUUGCUAUAGCGAACCGGAAAUGCGAAUCAUGAUACACGAUCUAAGACUUCUCGCUGAAGCUGGAGCCGAUGGCUUUGUUUUUGGAGCACUAACCGACGGCGGGCAGAUUCAUCGUGAGCACUGCCAGCGAAUAGCUGCCGAAGCACUGAUUGCUAAGAAACCGUUGACAUUCCAUCGAGCUUUCGAUUGUACGAAUCGUGAGCGAAUGGCUGAUACUUUGGAAGUCCUUGCCUCGCUAGGUUUCAGUACGGUUUUGACCAGUGGGUUCGAAACGACUGCACUGGCCGGCGUGGAAGCCAUUGCUCGAACCAUCGAAUUGGCUGCAGAAAUUGAAGCUAAGCACGGCACAUCAAUUGGGAUUAUGCCUGGAUCGGGCGUUAGUCCGAGUAAUGUGCGGGAGAUAAUAGAGAAAACCAAAUGCACGGCAAUUCACGCCUCAGCUAGGUCUGUAAAAAGAUCGAACCAACUGAUUUCCCUGUCAAUGGGUGGAGGCACUGCUGAUAGUGAAGGAUUGAUGGUUUGCGAUGAAACCAUUGUUCGGGAUAUUAAAAAGAUAGCAGAUGCAUAGUUUUCCUUUUUUAGCCAAAAUACAACAAUGGGAAAUCAUAGUAAUUACAAAUUAGUAUAA